AUGCAGCGCACCACAACACUAGCCAAGACGACCCUUAGCCGUCGAGUGGUUGCCUCCUCGCCGCAACUGUGGAGGUCCUACAGCUGCACUCGUGCCCUGCAGCACUCGACGUCAUCCUCAUCCACUUCGGCCGCCUACGCUGCCCCCUACUCGACCACCUCCUCCUCAAACAGCAAGACCAACACCAUCUCCGCCUCCGAGAUCGCCCAUUUCUCCUCCCUCGCUCAACACUGGUGGGACCCCACCGGCGAGUUCAAGCUGCUCCAUCGCAUGAACCCCAGUCGGAUCCGGUUCCUGCGUGAUCGCGUGCAGAGGGUGCAGGAGAUCGAUAUCGCGGGUGGCAAGUGGUUGGACGGCUUCAGUGUGUUGGACGUGGGCUGUGGUGGCGGAAUCUUUGCCGAGGUGGGUCUUGGGUGCCAGGGCAAAGCUGCGUAGUUCGUGUGGCCUGAUCCAGGACGUUCCAAUCAAUUGCUUUCAGCCCCUCGCUCGAUUGGGAGCCACAACCACAGCAAUCGAUGCGAGCGAAAUCAACAUCAAGACAGCGACACUGCACGCCUCCUUGGACGAUCACCUCACGCACCGGUCCAAAUUGGAGUAUCGGCAUUGCGCCGCCGAGGAUCUCGUUCACGAGGGCAAACAGUUCGAUAUCGUCUGCGCGAUGGAAGUCGUCGAACACGUCGAGGAUCCGAGAGCGUUCUUGAGAUGUUUGGCCCAGUUGACCAAGGUACGAGUGAAGAAGAUGUGGUAUUGUGCAAAAGGGAACCUGCGGGAUUUGCAAACGCUGACGCGAAUUCUGCUCUCUGCGCUCCUCCCCAAUUCUCGCCCUCCAUUUCUCCCGACAGCCCGGCGGUCAUCUUCUCCUCUCGACCAUAUCCCGCACCCCCCUAGCCCACUUGCUCACCAUCACCCUAGCCGAAGAUCUUCUGCGCUUCGUCACUCCCGGCACACACACCUACUCGAAAUACAUAAAACCUUCCGAACUCGAACACUUUUUCGAAGCCGACCUCGGAUGGCCAAGGGGGACUAUGGAGAGGAGAGGCUGCGUUUAUGAUCCGUUGAAAGGCGAUUGGAGGUUGUUUGGGAUGGGGGAAUGGGGUGGCUUGGCGGAGGGGGUGAAUUAUUUCGCGGGGAUAAGGAAACCGCUGGAAUGA